AUGAAGGUUACCAAAUCCCUUCAUGACAAACCUACAUUCGUUUACUCUAUCAAUGGUAAAGCACUCAAUACACCAAAAGAAAUGACUCUGACAAACCUUCAGAUUAUUGAGAAAUUUGUACGUUCUGUUGCAGCAACUUCAAGAGAAGACAAUAGUGAACCAGCAUUUGCCAUUAUAGCCACUCAUUGUGACAAGUCAAAAUUUAAAAGAUUUUUUGGCCUCAAGGAAACAAUCAGGGAAAAGAACAAGACCCUUCAAUCUUGUUUGAAUGAAUUUCUUGAUCUUUUUAUAUUUUAUAAUCGUGAUUCUAACGAGCUCAUUUUUCCAGUCGAUAACUUUUGCAAAUGGGACCGAGAGAAGAUCUCUGCUGAUAUUUGUCAUCGUCUUUUAUCUGAUAUUAGAGGUAAUAUUAACAUACCAGUACGUUGGUAUGUGUUCGAUUUAAAUUUGAAGAAUGAAGCAUCAAAGGAGACACAUGGAAUGAUCUCACUUGAGUCCUGUUACUCUAUUGGUCAAAGGUUAGAAAUGGACCAAGGAGAAGUCAAUGAGUGUCUCAUUUAUUUAGACUCAAUGAGAUUAUGUAUUUACUAUCCAACGGUCCUUCCACAGGUAGUAUUCACUAAUCCUCAGUUUCUGAUAGACUGUCUCUCCAAUAUUGCAUGUGUGUCAUUCAUUGAUAAUUUAACAGAAAUAGGAAUCAAUUUAUCAUGGGAAGAUCUAAAUUUGCUUAAAAGAGAUGGAGUUUUUGAUGAAUCUCUGUUGGACAAUCUUCAAUUGAAUCUUGUUCCUGGCCUGUUUUCAAAAGGGGAUCUCUUGUCUUUGAUGCAACACUUCCUUGUUAUCUCCACUAUCAAAACAGCUGAUAAAUCUCGAUACUUCAUUCCUAUACUUCUACCAGCUGAACGUCUUAAUGAAGAACAGAAGGCAUUGUUUGCUCAAGUAGCUGAUCCACUUUUUAUUCAGUUUGAUAAAACAGUUUUACAGGGUUUAUUUCCAACAUUGGUAGUCUCACUGUUAAGUCGAGAAGAAGAACCUUUAUUUUUUAUUGAUAGUCGCACUUCUGAUUUUCCCCAGCAGCUCCGCCAUGCAGUGAAACUCUACACAGAGGAACUCUUUGGAUCAGUGCUCCUUUGUGAGAAUGUUGAAUCUAUUGAAAUUUAUUUUACAGGCCGUUCACGACAUUGUGAUCGUCUUCGUAAGGUUGUCCUUGAAGCUUUAUCAAUCAGUGCUAAAGUACUGCAAUAUGAUGAGAAGAAAUUAAAUAUGUCAGCUGUUGUUCGUUGCAAUCGUAAGCAUAAUGUUCCUGCUAAUGAUAAAAUGAUUCAUCCUAUUACCAUCUCUUACAAGAAUGACCCACCUGAGAUAGGUUGCAGUAUUGAGACUAGUCUUCCUACCAUCAUUAUUAACGAUUUAAGUGAAAAGCAAAGCUGCUGGCUAAUAGGAGCAGCAGGUACACAUUCUGAGACCAUUUCCUUACCAACUAAUGGAAAUGAAAUAUUAAAUCAUACUCAUGCCCCCAUUGUUCUUGAUGCUAUCAAAUCUGUCGUGUUUCAAUGGAUGGUUCUAGGCAUUACCUUGGGAAUUGAAAAGUACAAGUUGGAAGAGAUAAAGUAUAAUUCCCGUGAUCAAGUUCAAGUUUGCCGUAAAGAUAUGAUCCAUCACUGGAUAGAUACAAGACAU